AGAGUAGAGGGGCUUUUGUUGUGGUCAGAUGUCGUGCACGCUGGUCGGCGGCUCUGGGACUCGAGUCUCUCUGGAGGAUGGACGAGCUGUGAUUCUGGGCCGGGGUCCGGACACCGGGGUCACCGACAAGAAGUGCUCCAGGCACCAGGUGAAGGUGGUGGCUUGCUAUGCAGACCAGGAUGUGGUUGUCACUCAGCUGGGUCCCAAUCCCAGUUACCUGGAUGGCGAGAAGCUGGGCCGGGGCCAGUCCGGUAAACUCACCCACGGGGGCACCCUGUACCUGGUCGACCAGAGGCAUCCGUUUAAACUGUGCUACUCCCAGAGCUCCAACAGUACAGCCUCCGGCACUGCACAGAAAGCAACAGAUAAAGCAAAAGGAAGGAAAGACCAGGAGGCGCAGUCAAGUCCGACACCUAAACGCAGCAUUAAGGAUUUCUUCCCUACCUCACCCACGAAGUCAUCUAAAAGACGACGGAGCCCGGAGAGGGGGCACCCUGAGGUGAAGCGCCAGAGGAGAGAGCUAGAGGAGGAAGAGGAGGCCUCUGGUGGAUGGGUGAAGGAAGAAGAGGAGGAUGAGGAGGAGAGGCUGGCAGAGGAGAAGCUGAGGCAGCUGCAGGAGCUGGCUGAGAGGAGCAACAGCACCCAGCCUUCAUCUUCAUCUUCACCAUCAUCUUCACCAUCAAAGGCCUGUGUAAAGAGCAGCUGGCAGCAGAUAGGCAACCUGUUGCUCUACACUGCUGCUGGAGUCAGAGGGAGUGACAAGGUUGCUGGGUUUGACAUAGACGGCUGUAUCAUCACCACCAAGUCUGGGAAGGUCUUUCCCACUGCGCCAGAUGACUGGAGGAUUCUGUACCCAGAGAUUCAGCCCAGGUUGGCCACUUUGCUCAAGAAAGGAUACAAGGUGGUGUUCUUUACCAACCAGAUGGGGAUCGCUAAAGGCAAACUGAGACCAGAAGUGUUCAAGUCUAAAGUGGAGGACAUCCUCGCCACACUGCAGCUGCCUGUGCAGGUGUUUGUGGCGACCGGUCCUGGUAUCUACAGGAAACCAGUUAUGGGAAUGUGGAAUCACUUGUGUGAGAAGGCAAGUGAGAUGCGAACUGAUGGUGUCGCUGUGAAUAAGACAAGAAGUUUUUUCGUGGGAGAUGCUGCAGGUCGACCAGAGAACUGGGCUCCAGGGAAGAAGAAGAAGGAUUUCUCCUGCAGUGACCGACUGUUUGCUCUGAACAUCGGGUUGCAGUUCCACACCCCUGAGGAGUAUUUUUUAGGCUGGAAGAGCGCCCCCUACCGCCUGCCUGAGUUUGACCCUAGGAAGCUUGAUUCCACUGCCAGGCUGUACAACCCACCCUCCGCCUCCCUCACGUCCAACAAGACAGAAGUGAUUGUCGCCGUGGGUUUCCCUGCAUCGGGUAAAUCCACUUUCUUCCACACCCAUGUCAUUCCCAAAGGCUACACCUACGUCAACAGGGACACGCUCGGUUCAUGGCAGAGCUGCGUGUCGGCAUGCGAGCGCGCUCUGAAGGAGGGCCGCAGCGUCGCCGUCGACAACACCAACCCAGACCCCGAGUCUCGCAAACGAUACGUGGAUGUGGCCAAAGCAGCCGGAGUUCCCUGUCGCUGCUUCCACUUCUCUGCCUCUCUGGAACAGGCCAAACACAACAACAGAUUUCGUGAAAUGGUUCCAUCAGACAGCAAACACGCCAAGGUCAAUGACAUGGUUUUCCACAGCUACAAGAAACACUUUGUGGCUCCUGCUCUCUCCGAGGGAUUCACCGAGAUCCUCCAGAUCCACUUCGUCCCGAACUUCAAAGACAGCGAAUCAGAAACCUUGUUCAGACAGUUUUCUGAAGGCUGAUUGGACCGCUGCUUUUCUCACCACUGAUAUCCAGUUAAUACUUCUGCUCUGAAUGGCCGUCAUAGCCACGUUCCCUUCACAAUAAAACUAACAUAUAUUACCUCCAACUCUGGCAUGAAGAAUAAACUCAACACGGUGGCACAGAAACUCCACCGCCACCUAGUGUUUGGAGGUGUAAUUACAGCGCCACACUGAAGUGUAAAGUUAACCAAACUCGCAGCAGAAUCAGGUCUUUUUUAGUUUUAUAAGAAACAAGUAAAUGUACAAAUGUUUCUGUGCCUCAAAGUUUGUUUAUGCAUCGUUUUACAUGUUGGAUUAAAAAGAAUAAAGUGGAAAAACAAGCAGAAUUACCUUUGAAUGUUAUGUAUGAAGACUGCACCACAGCAGUAAAAUCAUUCACAAUAAAUCCUUGAUAUUACAAUCUAUAA